CCGUGACAUGCUGGGCAUGCAGAGAAACCACAGUCAGAUGUUUUAAAUAAUUUAGCUGAGUGCUUUCUUUUAUGCUGCAGCAGAAACAGUGUAUCAAGUAGCAUCACUUUGAAUGAACAUUAUCAUUAUUGUUUCACAAAGCGUGGAAGGACUGAGCUCUUAUCCCCAUGUCUGUCAUAGCAUCUCCCACCAGAUCUGAGAUUUCAGAAGUCACUAAAAACCAGAGCACGUAUGUGUGUGCAUGGGAAGCCAUGUACUGAGCGCACAGUUGUUUGCCUCUGUAUGUAUCACUAUGGUAUCUGCUGCUCCUGCUGAGGCAAAGCAGGUGCCACAACAGCAGGAAGGGACUGUGACAUAUUUGCUGCUGUUCUCUGCCCUGCGCCUGGCUGGCUGUGAAGGCAACAAGAGUGAGCUGGUAAGCCCGCACAGCUCGAGGGGAAGGUUUACCCUGCGUGCCAAGAGGAGCUCAGAUGCCUGCAUGCCCAACCCGUGCCAGCACCAUGGGAGCUGCCAGGUGAUAAAGGACAGACCCAUCUGCAGCUGCAAACCUGGCUUCACAGGGGCAUUCUGCCAAGAUGUGGUACUGAAGUUGGCCUGUGAGGAAGAGCACAUGAAGAUGAUGGUGAGGAAGGAGGUGUUUGAACAAUUGAAAAUCCCCCGGGAACUUGUCCACUUGAAGAACCAGGCAUGCAAAGUUUCAGAAAGGGAAGAGGAGGGUGAGCUGUUUUUUGCAGCCACUCUUACAGGUGAAAACCAUACUGCCUGUGGAUCAGUAAUUCAGCAAAACAACUCCCAUGUGUCAUACUCCAACAUCAUUGAGACAGCGAAGGAAGCACACAGGGGUGUGAUCUCCAGGAGCUUUCAGCUGGAGGUGCAUUUCUCCUGUGUCUACGCCUAUGAGCAGGUGGUGAAGAUGCCAUUUGCUCUCACCCCUGUCGACAAGCUGGUACAGUUCUUGGUCAGAGAAGGGCACUUCAACGUCAGCAUGAGGCUGUACAAGACCGCAUCCUACCUUGAGCCCUACCACCUGCCAACUGCAGCCGUGCCCAUCACAGACACACUGUAUGUCAUGCUGAAGAUAGAAGGGCAGCACCAGCUCCGGUACUUCCUUCUGAGUGUAGAGGGCUGCUGGGCCACACCAAGUGCAGAUCCCUACCAGGAUGUGCGACAUGAGCUCAUUGAGCAGGGGUGUCCCCAUGAUGAGACAGUGACAUACUUAAAUGCCGUUGGAGAGAGCACCACAGCCAAGUUCAGCUUCCAGAUGUUUCAGUUUGUAGGGUACCCCGAGGUGUUCCUGCACUGCCGUGUCCGGCUGUGUCUCCCUGAUGGCCCUGAGCCCUGUGCCAAGCAAUGUCCCACUCUCUGGAGGAGCAAGCGGGCGCUGGCAGAUGACUACAAUAAAAUUGUCUCCUAUGGACCCAUCCACCUGCUGGCUGCUCCUUCCCUGGAAGUGGAGAGCCAUCAUCCCAGGGCUGACCAACAGGAGCUGAAGGGACUCGGCCUGUGGCUCCCCAGGAUCCUCAUCCUGCUGUGUGUGCUUGGUGUGCUCACCGUGGUUGCUGCAGCUGCAGCUGUCAGCAUCAGAAGACGGAUGGUGUAGAAAAUAGCCAGUUCCAAAUAAAUGUGGCAGUGGCAGAGAG